AUGAGAUCUUCUGAAGCACUUUUAUUCCUUGGCUGCAUAGCUACUCCUUCAGCUAGCUUCACUCCAUCGUCAAGGCGCACGACUCACCUGAAUGUAAGAAACAAUUCUGAUAGAAGGUGGUCGUCAUCGUCCUCUAUCGGCGCUGAACAAGAGGAAGAUACUGUCACAUUCGUAUUGGAUGAUGGCUAUGAUCCCGCUGUUGCCUUUAACAAAGAGCCUCCUCUUGCGAACCUGGCGGUCAGCGACCUGGAGAAGGAAUUCGCAUCUGCGGUUCCUGAUUUGGAUGGAAAUCCACUCACCGCAGCAUAUCUGGCCAAACACAUGGGGAUUGAAACUGUCGACUCUUACACUUGUCCUCAACAAGAAGUCUUUCGAGGCUUGAUGUCAAAUGGAUGCCGCAUUAACCUACAGCCAGGUGGAGAAACUGCCUUUUACAAGUGCAUUGUGUUUGAACAUCUCAGUCAUGCCCAAGAAAAGCUCAAGCAUUCUCCCUUCAAGCUCGCAAGAGAUGCCCAAUCCUACGAAGUCGUUGCAAACUUUCUAAAGUCCAAGGCGUGCCAAGCUGCAACCGAGACUACGGGAGUUAUCAUUCCAAAAAGCUUUCAUUCCGACCUUCGACCGAAUUCGGCAAACCCCAUAGAAACCAAGUGUUCCUUCUUGUUGGAAGACUUGUCACCUGAACAGGGAUGGUACCAACACUGGCUACUGUUAGACAUGGCUGAAACUAAGGCUUCCCUCCAGACAUUAGCCAAGAUUCAUGCCUUUUUCUGGCACGGAUCAAACUUUUGGAAGGACCAGGAAGCAGGCCGCGAACUAGAAGCUGCCGUUUGGGAAUCGGGAAGCUACGUCCAGCCCACGGCUCAGAAUGCCGAUCAGUGUUCGAAUGUGGCCAAGGAAUGGAAGAUCAAACGCACCAAAUUUGAAGAACACCUGUCCUCCAUGGAUUGUUGGGACAAUCUGGGCGACCGACUGCAAUCCGUAGCCACCGAGUGUGGUCGUCUGGCCCAUCCCUUUGCCGAUGAUGACCUGAAAGAAUCUUACCAAAAGUACAGAACUUUUACACAUGGCGAUCCCAAGCAAGCAAACUUUUUGUUUCGCCGGUCUGCCUCAAACGAGUUAGAAAUUGGACUCAUCGACUUUCAAUGGGCUGGCUUUGGGUUGGCGGCGACUGACAUCGCACAUUUCAUGACUUCAGCGGUCCAUGCUAAUCUUCUGGUAAACGGUGGAGAAGCCAAUUUGUUAGAGUACUAUUUUGACGAGUUACAGACGCAUUUGGUAGAGUAUGGGGCAUAUGACACGGCGGAAGAUGCCGUCGAACAAUUCAGUUACGAAACCUUUAUGGAUCAAUACGAAGUUGGAGUCUUGGACCUUUGUCGGCUCGUGAUUGCCUACACUUGGGACAGGUUUGAUCAGGCAGUCGAGCCAUACGACAAGGAAGGCUGCACUAGAACCAUGAAUAAGACUUCCUACAACAAGUCCAUUCCGAAUGCUAUCUGGUUGGUUUCUCGGUGCGACGAAAUCAUGAAACUGCAGCAAAUGAAAGUUGCCAAGAUGAUGCUACUAGGCCAAUAG